AUGGAGGGAAUAAGGGGCAAAUUAGCCGAGUUCACUGGGACUUUCCCUGACUGGAGCAGCCUGAAUAUUGACGAUCUCCUGUGGAAAUCUGCUGCUGUCAGAAAUCUGUUUUAUUUGACCGCAGUUCUGACUCGAAGGCAAUGUGGUGAAAAUAAUUUCUACUCCUUUUCCUUUGUGAUGACCCCCGUUGGAUAUGGAACUGGUUUAGCUGUCGACGAUUAUUUUAUUUUCUGUGCUGCACGGCUGGAUUGA